AAAUUUCAGCUAAAAUCCAUUUCAAUUCAUCAUAGUUUUCUCUUUCAGUGUGCGUGUCUCUAGUGCUGUCAAUUUUUAAAAAGUUUUCAUUUCAUUUGGCAUCAAUUUGUUUUUUGUUUUACAAAUUUAUUAAAUUAAAAAAAAUUCACAAAAUUCACAGGAAAAAAAAGGUCGUUUGAAAAUUUAAAAACAUCAUUUUGAUAAUGAUGAUGAAUACAUUCGAUUCAUAUUGUGGAUCCGAAUCAAUUUGGGAUGAUCAAAUAACAUGGACAACCGAAGAACCAAGAUUAACAUUAUGUUUUCGAAAAACAAUCUUGGUUUGGUUACCAGCUAUUUAUCUGAUAAUUUUAUCACCAAUAAUAAUUUUUUCAUUAAUUUAUAAAUCAAAAUCAUCAUCAUCGACAAUAAGAUUUAAAUGGAAUAAUUAUAAUAGUUUACGUAUGGCAAUUAUCGUUGCCUUGAUAUUAGAAUUAAUCAUUGAUCUUGUAUUGACCGUUUAUGAUUAUAAUCAUAAUAAUCAUAAUGAUAAUAUAAUUGAAAAUCAAAAAUAUAAGGCUGAUAUUGUCAAUGCUAUUAUACGAUUAUUAUGUUCGAUAAUUUUAAUGAUAAUUUUUUGGUUAAUGAAAAAAUAUUCUCAACAUACAUCGGCUAUAAUAUGGUCAUAUUUAGCAUUACAAUCAUUAUCACUUUUAUUGGAAUUAAUUUCACAAAUAAUGGAUCGAUAUCGUUAUUAUCAUCAAGAUGAACAACAACAACAACAACAACAAUCAUUUUGGCAUCUUGAUUCACAAAUGUCCAGCAUGUUUAUAUUUUUGAUAAAUUUUCUAUUAAAUUUUUCAUUAUUCAUACAAAGUUUUAUAUCGGAUCCUGAAGCUGAUAAAAUAAUGAAAAUAACGAUUGAUGAAAAAAAGUCCACCGAUAACAAUGAUGAACAGCGAAAACCAUUGGCCAAAAUGACAGCAUCAUUUUUUUCUCGGCUAACAUUCAGUUGGUAUUCACCACUUACCUAUUUAGGUCUGAAACGUCCAAUAAUAUUAUCCGAUAUAUGGCGUAUACGUGAACAGGAUAGUUCAUUUUAUAAUUAUCAAUUAUUUCAACAAAAAUUAAAUGAAUUUCGUCAUGAAUAUGAUAGAAAAAAUAAUGUUUUUGAUAAUAAUAAAACAAAACCAUUCAAAGUAAAUAUUAUUAAAAUAAUAUGGUCAACACUUAAAUAUUAUUUUAUACCCGGGUCAUUGGCAAAAAUCCUAAAUGAUUUUUUUGUUUUUGCUAAUCCAAUGGUUCUAAAACAAUUAAUUAAUUUUAUGGAUGAUCAUCAACAACCAAAUUGGCAUGGAUAUUUUUUUGCAUUAUUAUUAUUUUUAGUUACAUCUGGGCAAAUAUUUGCAUUAAAUUAUUAUUUUAAUCGUAUGAUGAUAUUUGGUUUACGUAUUCGUACACAAUUAAUUGCUGCUAUUUAUCGUAAAUCAUUAAAAUUAUCAAAUAGUUCAAGAUCAAAAUUUACAACCGGACAAAUUGUCAACCUGAUGGCAGUGGAUGCACAACGUUUUGUUGAUGUUAGUAGUUUUAUUAAUCUAUUAUGGUCGGCACCAUUACAGAUUAUUAUUGCAAUGAUAUUAUUAUGGCGUGAAUUAGGUGUAUCUGUUUUGGGUGGUUUUUUCUUCAUGUUAGCAAUGAUACCAAUCAAUGCAUAUUUAACAAACAUAUCAAAACGUUUACAAAUACGACAAAUGAAAUUGAAAGAUGAACGUGUUAAAGCAAUGAAUGAAAUUUUAAAUGGAAUGAAAAUUAUUAAAUUAUAUAGUUGGGAACAGGCAUUUAUUGAACGAAUACAGACAAUACGUUCAAAAGAAUUACAAAUGUUAAAACGUAUUAAUUAUUUAGGUGCACUCAUACAGGCUAUAUGGAAUUUAGCACCAUUUCUUGUAUCAUUCAUAACAUUUGCCAUAUAUGUUUGUAUUGAUCAUCAAAAUCGUUUAACAGCAUCAAAAGCAUUUGUUUCAUUAUCAUUAUUUAAUAUUUUACGUUUUCCAUUAGCAAUGUUACCAAAUUUAGUUACAUUGAUUAUUAUGACCAGUGUUUCAAUGAAAAGAUUAAACAAUUUUCUUAGUUCAACUGAAUUGACAAAUUAUAUUCAACGAAAUGAAUCAAAAAACAAUCCUGGUGAUGAUGAUGACCAUUGUAUAAUUCUUGAUAAUUGUUCUUUUAGUUGGUAUAAUCAAGAUGAACAAAAUAACAAUAACAACAACAACAACAACAACAAAAAACAACAAAAACAUUCUAGCGAAAAAAAUGACCAUCAACAUGAUGAUGAUGAUGAUAAACAAAAUCAUUCAAAACCAUUCUUACAAAAAAUCCAAAUGAAAAUUAAAACAAAAUCAUUCGUUGCUAUUGUUGGUGCUGUUGGUUCGGGUAAAUCAUCAUUAUUGCAAGCAAUAUUAGGAAAUAUGGAAUUGACUAAUGGAACAAUCAAUAUUUCAAAAUCUAAACGUAUAGCAUAUACACCACAGGAACCAUGGAUCCAGAAUAAUACUGUACGUGAUAAUAUAUUAUUUAAUCAACCAUUUAAUGAAAGAAUGUAUUGGAAAGUUAUUGAUUCUUGUUCAUUAAAACCUGAUUUACAAGUAUUAACUGAUGGUGAUCAAACGGAAAUUGGUGAAAAAGGAAUUAAUCUUAGUGGAGGACAAAAACAACGUGUUAGUUUAGCACGUGCUUGUUAUAAUGAUGCUGAUAUUUAUUUAAUGGAUGAUACAUUAUCUGCUGUUGAUUCACAUGUUGGUAAACAUAUCUAUGAACAUAUUAUAUCAUCAACAACAGGUUUAUUAAGAAAUAAAACCCGAAUAUUGGUUACAAAUAAUUUAUGGCUUUUGCCUGAAACUGAUUAUAUUUAUGUAUUACGUGAUGGUCAAAUAAUUGAAUCCGGUUCCUAUCCGGAAUUAAUGAAACAGAAUAAUUAUUUUUCCAAUCUUAUACAACAAUUUAGUAAUAAUAAUCCUGAAGAUGAUGAUGAUGAUGAUAAUCCCGAAGAUAAUGAUAACAAUGAUGAUAAAACCAAAUUAAACAAACCAAAACCAAGAUUUCAUUCAUUGAAUGAUCAAUCAGCAAUUGGUGUUGAUAAUAAUGUUGGAAAAAAAUUAACAACAAGUAAAUUGAUUGAAAAAGAAAUGGCACAAAUUGGACAGGUUAAAUUUCAUGUUUAUGGUCGUUAUUUAAAAGCAAUUUCAAUUACAUGGGUUAUAAUUAUUUUAAUUAAUUAUGGCGUUGCACAAUUAUCCAAUGCCAGUUCUGGUGUUUGGUUAUCAAUUUGGUCAGCACAAUCAGAAAAUUAUGAUCAAGGUGAAAAUAUGGAACAUUCAGAUACAAUCUAUUAUCUAGCUAUUUAUGGUGCAAUCGGUCUUUGUCAAGGUAUAUUCUAUGGACUUGGUUGGAUAUCAAUGACAAACGGAAUAAUCAAAGCAGCCAGUUCAUUACAUAAUCAAAUGUUACAAACAAUAUUUCGUUCAAUGAUGUCAUUUUUUGAUGUAACACCUUUAGGGCGAAUAUUAAAUCGUUUUAGUAAAGAUAUUGAUGUUUGUGAUACAUCUAUACAGAUGAAUUUUCGGGUAUUCAUAACCUGUCUAUUUUCAACAUUGGCUACAUUGAUCAUUAUUUCUAUGAAAAUUCCAAUAUUUUUAACAAUUAUUCUACCAAUGGUUAUAUGUUUCUAUUUAAUUCAGAGACUAUACAUAUCGACAGCUCGUCAAUUGAAACGUAUUGAAUCGAUUACAAAAUCACCCGUUUAUUCACAUUUUAGUGAAACAUUAACGGGUGUUAAUACAAUACGGGCAUUUUCUUGUAUGAAAGAAUUUAUUAUAAAAAAUGAUGAUAAUGCAGAUAUUAAUAAUUCUUGUAAUUUGGCAAUGAUUAUAUCGAAUCGUUGGCUAUCAAUACGUUUAGAAUUAAUAGCUAAUUUUAUUGUAUUUUUUGCCGCAAUUUUUGCUGUUAUUUAUCGACAAAAAAUGGAUUCAAGUGCUGUUGGUCUUAUUAUAACAUAUGCAUUGAAUACAACACAAAAUCUUAAUUAUUUAGUUCGUUCAUCAACCGAUAUUGAAACAAAUAUUGUAAGUGCUGAACGUAUUCUAGAAUAUACGGAUCUUUCGGUUGAAGCUGAAUGGGAAAUACAGGAAACUUCACCACCAAAUAAUUGGCCACAACAAGGUCGUAUUGAAUUUAUUGAAUAUGGUACACGUUAUCGUCCAAAAUUAGAUUUAGUAUUAAAAAGUAUAACAGCCAGAAUUGAACCAAGUGAAAAAAUUGGUAUUGUUGGUCGAACUGGUGCUGGAAAAUCAUCGCUAACAUUAGCAUUAUUUCGUUUAAUCGAAGCAGCUAAUGGUUGUAUACGAAUCGAUGGUAUUGAUAUAUCGAAAAUUGGUCUACAUCAACUACGUAGUCGUUUGACAAUCAUACCACAAGAUCCAGUACUAUUUUCCGGAACAUUACGUACAAAUUUAGAUCCAUUUAAAAAUUUUUCAGAUGAACAAAUAUGGCGUUGUUUAGAAUUGGCACAUUUGAAACAAUUUACAUUAUCAUUAGAUGGUCAUUUAGAAUAUGAAAUUAAUGAAAGUGGUUCAAAUUUAUCAGUUGGUCAACGACAAUUAGUUUGUUUAGCACGUGCAUUAUUACGUAAAACAAAAGUUUUAGUAUUGGAUGAAGCAACAGCAGCUGUUGAUAUGGAAACCGAUUCAUUAAUACAACAAACAAUACGUCAAUCAUUUAUUGAUUGUACAAUUCUGACUAUUGCACAUCGUUUAAAUACAAUAAUGGAUUCGGAUCGUAUAUUAGUAUUGGAUGAUGGCUGUAUUGCGGAAUUUGAUACACCAGCAAAUCUAUUGGCUAAUAAUGAUAGUAUUUUUUAUUCAAUGACACGUUCAGCUGGUUUAUUAUCUGAUAAUAACAUCAAUAAUGACCGAUAAUAAUCGUUAUGUAAUCCGACUUUUUUUAAAACUUUUGAU